AAAGAGAAUCCGGUCUGACGUGUGGUUUACCCGCUAAAGUUGUAGCAGGUGCUGUGUUGUUCAGUUUCCUGCUGAUGUAACAUUUCUGUUAGACACACAAACCACCUCAGAAAGUCACUAAAAGAUCAUUUGGGAUUAAUGCACUGGAUGCUUGUUUAUACAAGCAGUAGCUAAUGACUUAGAGCUGUUGAAUAUUUUUCAUUUUUACACACUCACACACAGACAGAGAGAAAGAGAUCGAGAUCACGAGAGAGAGAGAGAGAGAGAGAGAGAGAGAGAGAGAGAGAGAGAGAGAGAGAGCGAAACACUAGAAAAACCUUCUUUAAUCCUAGUCUUCUUCUUUUGGCCUUUGUCUAGUUUUUGUGUCUCUCAGUCCACUGUCAGUUUCUAAAACAUUUAUAAAACAUUAUGUGAAUGUUUUUAAGUUAAUUAUAUUACACAAAGAGACCAACAAAGCCUCAUUAAGCAUGUCAUGGUUGUAUACAACACUUUCUGUCUCAUUCCAACACUAAAUAAAAUCAGGGACAGCAGGCACUCGGUGCACGCCUUGGCAGAAUUUUCUAAAAUCCCCUCACCCCAGCCCCCACGGGCCUGGUUUGUAUCGCUGGAGGGGAAACCCGCAGCUGAGAUCCACUACGCUGUGUCAGAGCAGCAGAGGAGACGAAGGCCGGUGGAGAGUCGAGAAACCAGUUUAGACUCAGGGGUGGAUAUGAGUGAGCUGAAUCAGUCGUCUGGACGGAGGGCCGUAACACUGGAGCGCAAUGCUACUUUUGUCAAAAGCACAUCCAGCAGUAAACACACACCACCACAGUAAAAACUCAUACUGCCUCCAUGCCCACAGACAUCCAAGUUCAUGAUUCAACAUCGUCGGCUCUAUGACAAAUGACUUACCUACCUUACUGCUUAAAUAUUUACAUAUUACUGUUUGUACAGACCCAUUUCUGCCAACCAUCAGAUUCCACAUGUAGAAAAGUGAAACAUGUUGUACAGCAAUUGCAGGUUGUGUAAUGUUAAACAUUACAUGCCAAAAAUGCGUUGGACUCCAGCUGCUUUAUAACGGCCUGGCUCAUCUCUUAUCUCCCUCCUCAAUGCUCAAGUUUAAACUAAAAUUUAUCAAACUGUUUUCAAAUUUUCAACAUUUCAUACUGAUAAUUUUACAAGGAUUUUCCAGUCACUGCAGGUGUAUUUGUCCACGUCCAACAAGACAAAGACAGUGGUGUGACUGGGAUUAAUGACCGAGGUCAAACACUGCAUCAGUGACUAGUCGUAAACUUUAUUCCCUCAAGAUUAAUGGACAAUGGAUGGCUAACUUAAAAUGUCUGAAAAAUGUUUUGUUAUAUUUGAUUCAUACUUGUGCAUAUAUCUGUGUCUGUGCAUGUAUUGGUGCAUUUUUCCAUGAAGUGAAUAAUUCAAAUAUAUUUUAAUACAAAUAGAUUAAUGAAUAAAUGAACUGACCCUGAUAAGCAUUUUUAGUAGCUUUCUCUAUACAGGGUAAGAAACUAAUCAAACACAGAUAGGAGAGUUAAUAUUUCCCAAACCAGCUAAGGAAUAUUUACUCUCAGCAUAUUUAUGUUUUCUCAUUAUGUUUACAGAGUAUAUUUACUGAAAAUCUUCUUAAAGUGACCCUUUGGCAGGUUGUGAACCCCAGUUUGGGAACCAGUUUCUAUUGCAUAGUGCACACGGACAGCAUGUUGAAGGCUGCAGGUUCAUUCAAGUUUUCCUUGUUCACACUAACAGACAACACAUAUUCUUUGUGGCCUUGGGUGGCGAACCCAUCAUAAUCACUGAUUGCGUCACAGCAGUCAUAAACUCUGCUGUAUGCGGAGUUGGCAGACUAUUUACUACAUCUGCACUAAACAUGCCUAGAACGAGGCUAAGCCACGCUAAGACAGGAAGUGCUCUCUCUUCUGGGUGCCUGUGUGAACAUCAAACAGCUACCCGAGGCGGGAGGCAGCGAACCUGUAGUUUCUGUUUGACAACAAGGAACUUCAUCUUUUUUAUUCACUGUUUUUUUUUAACAACGAAAAGCCACAAAAAAUAAAGGCCAUGGACAAGCUGAAGUCAGAGCAGGACAGACUUUGUGUGUGGCUUUCAUGUGACCCUGAUCACAUCCUACAACAGUGUGGGAAUAUUUUAACUAUGAAUGAAUUCCUGGAGGUAAAAAACCACAGCAGUGCAUUAGAGAAGAUGAGACUGCUUUUGAAAAUAAUCAUUGAAAAGGGAGGAAACACCUGUCAGAGCUUCUUGGACAUUCUGAGACAGCAUCAAGCACAUUACCCAGAACUGCAACAGCUUUUCAGCUCCAACACUCAAGGGAUCAUGGAUCAGUUUGAAUACAUCAAAAUACUUGAAGAGAUCAUGUUGCCUUACGCCGAAGAGGAAAUGCCAUUGAAAUGGGCGUUUCAAGAAGACAACAACCCCACACACACCAGGCCACCCACUCCAACAGUGUUUGCUGAUGGUAACAGUGUUGUUACCACAAGAGAAAUAACAAACUUAAAAGCAAAAUCCCUCUCCAUGAAGAUUGAAACAGUGAGUGUUCCGGGCUGCAGUCAGUCUGGAAAUCUUGUUGGGCAAGUUCCCUGGGCAAAUUACACUGCACGGGGAGCCAGUGUGAUAUGUGCUGACAAAAUAUCUGGUACCACUAUUGACAAUGAUGUAAAUUUCUCGGUGUCCAUGAAAACAUCGCAAGUGAAUGCAGUAGAUGCAGUAGAUGAGACACAGCCUUCCUCUCAGGGCCCUGCUGUGAAAAUGAUCAAGGAGCACAAGAUGGAACUCAUCGACUGCCUGAGGGCAGAUUGCUUCUUCAUUCUGCAGCAUGUUCAUGCCACACAAAUCAUCACAGACAGACAAUAUCAAAAUCUGAAGCAUACCUCUCCACCAGAAAACACUAUAGCUAACUUGAUCGAUCAAGUAAUUGGCAAAGGCCAAGAGUCCUGCUCGCUUUUUGCUAAAGUUCUCAAAAAUCCUGAUGUUCUCGAGACCUACCCACAACUUAAAGAAAUUACCAGCAAUUGGUGCUAAGGAAUGUUGCAUACAUGCAUUCAGGUAUUCAGUACUGUAUACUGUAUGUGGAGCUGACUUUUUGUAUAGUAUACACAUUUUCCUAAAUAAAAAAAUGCACAUGGAA